AUGUAUCGUUCCAAGAAAGCUAAGGGCAAGAAGAGUGACAAGUCGGCGAUGGCCGAAAUCCACGACGCCGCCGCUGACACUGCUGCUGCUGAAUUGGCCGCGAUCAAGGAGGAGUUUGGCUCCGUCGAAGGCGGCCCGGCCGUUAGUGGCCUCGCCUCCGCUAAGUCGCAGCCACCAGGGGCCGCAUCGGCGCCUUCACACAAGGUGGCCGACGCCGCCACCGCACAGGCGAUCGUGAACUUCAAGGCGAGCUUCACCACCCCGUCCAUGGUGUUUAAUCCAUCCACGAAGACAAUCGAGGUGAAUGCUCGGUUCAACCGCAACACCGUCACGGAACUCUCCCGGGCUCAGGGCGCCAUGCUCAGUGUGCUGCGCGGUGCAGAGGCGAAGGCAAAGUUCUACACCCCCAAGGAACUGCUGUACGGCCUCGAACAGGCCAUAUUGUUGCCCACACUGGAGAGCUACUUUGCGCACCACACGGCCCCGGCAAAGAGUAUCGCCGCCACCGCCUACGCACUCUCCGAGGGCCUCUCGAGGCGCGCUGUUGAGUCGUUUGUUCAGACGCUGAGCGCACGCAUCGAAGAGGAGGCCGACCCCAUCGCCGAGAAACAACGCAGCCUUGAAGAAAAGAAUGCCUUCGCCGCGACGCGCAACAACGUCACGGACUUUACGCAGAUCUUCAGCAAUUUCCUGGUCGCCUACGAGGGCGUGCCACGCGCGGCCAGCAGCGCGAACCCCAGCCUCUCCAACGUCAACACGGUCAGUGCUGGCAGCCAAUGCGUGUCUGCGGACCUGCUGUCGGAGGCCUACUACAGCCUGCUCCGAUGGACACUGGCCGUUGACCCAGAGCGCAAAAUUCUCCUUGCACAGCAGCAACAACAACAACAACCCGCGAGUGCGAGCUCAAAGGUCAUCGUUGACGAAUACGAUCCCUACGAGGGUCGCAUCACGCUGGCGAGGCCCACCUCGACGACACCGUGGGGCUGCAUGUUUAACGCUAAAGGCUAUCUUGUCGGCAUCAGCAACAACUUGCGGAACAACUCUGAGGCGGGUGAGCGUCUUUUUCGUGCCUUGCAGCAGCACAGCGGGAAGGAGUUGGGCGUUCCGGUGCUCGAGGCCAACCGCCGUCGCAUUCGGGCGCAGGACAUGUCAGAAGAGGAGCUACAAUCCCAGCGGGGGAACAUUACGGCCGGGCUGCGCGAUAGCCUGACUAGCGACGCCAAGGUGCUGCGUCUCACUGUGCCCCGGAAACGCAAGAAAAGCCUUACCAGCCCGCGCGAGGUCCUCUUUGAGCUUCUGUCCCAGGGUGGCGAGAACGUCAGCGGGCAGCGCGUCUUCUUGGUGCUUCGCCGCGCCAACACCACGAUCCCGUGGGGGGUGAAGAUGGUGAAGGAUUCCACCGGCGGCCUCAAGCUGCAAGAGUUCAGCGACCGCAUCCACCUCUCACCCAAGGCGAAGGACUUCCUCUUCGAGCACCGCGGUGGUCUCACCAUUGUGGGUCUCAACCACAAGGAUCUCGCCGACCACCCUGAAGCGGCGACGGGGGCCACGCUGCGUGAACUGAUCUCUAACAGCUUGGUGAUGGCGCUGUGGCUUCAGGUGAACCGCAGCACGGACGCUGUCACGCACGGGCUACCGGCCUCUGAAGCUGCGGCACCUGCUCCCGCAGAAGAGGAUGCUGCGGAGGUUAAGGAGCUUGAAGGUGUGGAGGAGGCAGAGGAGCCAAAAGAGGCAGAAGAGGCGGAAAAGGCUGAAGCCGACGCCGAAGACAAUGAGGCCGUAGAGCAUGCAAAUGAGGAGGACCUGGACGAGGAGAAGCUCGAAAUUCCCGCUGCAGCGGAGGACGAGGCAGAGGUCGCGGCGGCAAGGGAAACCGUGACGGAAACCGUCACUGCCACUGCAUCAGCGAUGGCCCAAAACACCGCGCAGACGGUUGCGUCCAUUCGAAAGGGCUGGGACCUUCACGACGAUGUCGAGGAGGACCCGACGCAGGACGCCAAACCGAUGGAGCUUGCCGAGGGCGACGCAAUCAAAGACGAGGAAGCAGAACACAGGAAGCUGCUGGAGGAGCACGAUGUGGCUGCCGACACCGACGAGGCCCACGCUGUCGAUGGCGACGGGGAGGUGGAGUUGAUUGAAGGGCAGUUCGGAUUUGCCAACAACGCAACCCACCAGCGCGCCAGCACCGACAUCGAGACGGCCGUGCAGGACAUCCUAGACGCGGAGGGCAGCGGCGAUCUUGUUGACACGGAAGGCAAAGGCGUGACCGCCACUGCUGGGGAAGAGGGAGAAGUCGCACCUAAAAAGCGCGGCCGCAAGCCAGGCAGCAAAAAUGCCACUACAAAGACAAAAGCAAAGAAGGGCAAAGGACGAGAAAAGAGCAAAGGAAAAGGCAAACGUGGCAAGAAGUCCACGAGCCAACCGGAAGCUGAAGAAGCGGAAGUUGCGGAAGGCGACAAGGCUGAGGAAGCCGCCGACGAAGAAGCGAAGGAGGCGGUGGAGGAGAGGGACGAGAAAAAGGUACCUGAAGCCUCGCAGGACGCCGUAGACACCGCUACCGAGGAGCCUCUUGUAAAGGGAUUGAAGACAACCGCGGAGAUUGCCAUGGAGGAGGGGGGAGAAGCUGGCGAGCCAGCGAAAAAACAGGAGCGCAAAAAACGGUGA